AUGAAAUUGAGCCUGCUGGGUUGCUCACACUAUUGGUCAUGCCAGUCUGUACAUGCUCCAAGUCUUCACUUAGGAUUUUCAUUUGGAUUUGGAUCAUUCAUUUCUCGUCUUCUCAUCGAUUCUUACUUCUCUAACCCCAGCACACCAGCUCCUGCACCAAAAGCCAAGGAAACUCCUGCACCUCCGACCCCUGCUCCAGCUCCUGCUCCACCACCAGCGCCAGCGGCUACAUCAGAUGACAAUUAUGAGAACUUGAAUGGACCAGAUGAUCUAGAGUCUCUCAAGACGCAGUUGCCUCCUGAUGCUCCUAUUGACGAUACGAAUAAAGGCGAACCACUCGUAACGAAGGAUGCACCAGAAGGAGAUCAGAAGAAAACCGAACCAGUUCGUCAGUGA